UGCUUUUGUGCAUUUAUAUGGCAGUCCUUAGAUAACGUAAUUGCAGAAGCGAGAAAACAUGGAAUAAGGCUGAUACUAAGCUUGGUUAAUAACUUGCAAGCAUAUGGUGGAAAGACUCAGUACGUUCAGUGGGCAUGGGAAGAGGGUGUUGGUUUAAGUGCUUCUAACGAUUCAUUCUUCUACGACCCAUCAAUUUUGGGUUAUUUUAAAAACUAUGUCAAGACAGUGUUGACAAGGAAGAACACAUUCACUGGAAUUGAAUACAGGGACGAUCCAACAAUCUUUGCAUGGGAGUUAAUUAAUGAACCGCGCUGUAUGACUGAUGCUUCUGGUGACACACUCCAAGAUUGGAUAGAAGAAAUGUCGAAUUUUGUGAAAGCAAUUGAUAGAAAGCAUCUGCUGACUGUUGGCCUCGAAGGAUUUUAUGGUCCUAAAAGUCCGAAAAGGUUAACUGUUAAUCCAGAGUUCUGGGCAGCUGAUCUUGGAUCUGAUUUCAUUCGCAACUCGAAGAUAUCAACUGUUGAUUUUGCCUCGGUUCAUAUAUACCCUGACCACUGGUGAGCUGUUCAUCUAUUCAUUUAUCUACCUUUAUAUAAUAAGCCGCCCAUUUUGUCCAAAUCUUUUUCACAAUUUAUCAAAGAUUAGAGCAUUUUUAUUAUAAUACCUUAAAUAUCAAAGACUAAAGGCACAACUUCACAAACCUCUAUGAGACAAUAGAAAUGAAGAAGUGACAAUGGAAAACUAAAGGCAACAAUAACAAAAACCAACUAAGAGCAUGUUAGGUUGUACUUAAAAGCACCUGUCGGCUACAUGAAUCCUUUUUAUCCACACCAAUCCGUUCAUUGCUAGAUUGACUUGAAGAUCUAGAACAACUAAAUGAGCCCAUUUCGGUUUCAAUCUACCGCUCUCUCUUCUGACUUGCUCUAUGGAGAUUGUGUCACUCGUA